GAUGGCAAGUGUGCAUUUAUCGCUUCCUGGAAAACCGAAGGAACUAAUGUUAAAUUUGAGCUUAAGGCUGGUGUCGAAAGCAGUAAACAGCGAUGGAUAGGCCUGGGGUUUUCAUCAGAUGAUAAGAUGGGGGAUGACACUGUUAUAGAGUGCGCUGUUGCCAUGGAGACAUUGAGGAGUGUCAAUCGCUCCAAGAAUGAUGGAAAAACUAAUUCCCGAACAGGUGGCCUGGAUUUCACAGAAAUAUCUUUGGCAGAUAAUGUUUUGAUGUGCAGCCUUAGUGUCCCUCAGACAGGCAAUCAAGUGUUUGACUUCAACACGAAAUACACCCUAUUAUUUGCCACUGGACAAACUAAGAGUGAAAUUUCCACUGAGAAGACUAAGCACUCCAACCUCCCUGUGGUGUCCUCAGAACAGGCUGAUCUGACGUCCAACACGCAGUCCCUGUCAUCUCAACCAGCCUCAAAUGUCCUGGUUAAAGCUCAUGGAUCUCUGAUGAUAUCAGCCUGGGUGUUUGCUGCCAGCUUUGGAUUGGUUAUUGCCAGAUACUACAAAAAGCUAGGAGGAAGUCGUAGAUGGUGUGGUUUACACAUCUGGUUCCAGAUCCACAGAAUUGCCAUGGUCCUGACCUUCACACUAGCUUCGAUAGCCUUUAUUAUUGUCUUUGCGGAUGUCAAAGGUUACAGCCAGGUUGGAAAGGGUGCGAAUGACCUGCAGUUUUUACAGGCUCAUCCCAUCCUUGGAAUCAUCUCCACAGCUCUGGUUGUUAUCAAUCCCCUGAUGGCACUAAUCAGACCUAAACCCGACUCUGCCACCAGACCCAUCUUUAACUGGUUCCACUGGGCGGUGGGGACAACAGCUUGGAUUAUCUCCAUGGUGACAAUAUUCAUUGGAUUUGAAAUUGAGAAGUCUGGUGUGCCUUCAUAUACAAAGUAUGUCAUGGCAGCAUUCGUGGCCUAUCAGCUUUUGGUUGAACUUGUUCUGGAGAUUCAAGGAUGUAUUCAAAAAUCUGACCAGAAAACAGUAGAUGGCUAUGAGAUGAAGAAUAUGAACGGGACUAGCGGAGUGGCCAGACACUCCACCAUGAAGUCUGGAACGAAUGGGGCUGGAGUGUUCCGUUCUGUUCUCCUCGUGGCUCAUUUCUUCAUUCUGCUCGGGUUCCUUAUUGCCCUGUUGGCAUUGGUUAAUAAGCAGAUGUUGAGGAGUGUCUAUAACUCCUUGUAAUCAGCAGUACUGUUGUUGUUGCUCAUCAGUGUUUGUGGGUAGUCCGGUUUUACAAACCUGUGACUACCAUGUGCCAGGUGUACCAGUUACCUUGACAUGCCGUGACUGGUCUUGUUGUACAUCACAGACAUUUGUGGCCAGGCACAUGUUUUAACUUUGUGAAAACCUGGUCCAAAUAUACUUAUUGGAUGUAGAUAUGUGUGAAUAGCUCAAAGGUCAGGGAGUGUUUUUACGAAGUGCUCAUAGUGUUUAUAUAUGUGUUUAAUUACCAUGGAAAUGUCAUAUCUUCAGUACAGGUUACUGCUGGGUGGAGGUGGCACUAAAAUGUGUAAAUAAACCAGAAUACAGAGACUACUAAAGUGUAUGACAUUCUUGUUUCCAAUUCUGGGACUGGUCAGAUAGUCAUGGCACUAUGCGUGGUUAUAACCAGAACUGCAGUGGGUCACCAGGCUGGGCCUUCACACGGUCUCUUUAUAGAUGUAGUUAGAUCUGGGAUUAAGAUCAGACGCACUACACAGACUGUGUGGAGCCACAGCCAGUGCUAAAACAGAAGUGAGUAUAACACUCAUGACUAAGGGCUUAAAUAGCGGAGCUUCAUUUCACUCCGCUCCAUAUCCCACGGACUAUCUUAAUCCCAUGUCACAUCCAGGAGCUGAGCUAUUACAGGUAGAACUGAUUUUAGUGUAAUUGAAGCUACUCAUGCCUGGUUGAACAGCCCUGACUUUUGAGCUCUUCACUAGAACAUUAAAGUACAAGGAAUUUCAGUGAUCAAUGUGGAACAAACUUCUGUAUUUUUAUUGUUACUGUUAUGGAGAAACUUUACAUCGGUAAAUACAUCUGCCUGGCUCUCGCUGAUUUGGAUUUCACUCGUACAUUUAUUUACAAUUUUUACUGCUACUGUACAUGUAUACAUGUACUUUGCCUGGUGUCUGAGCAAGGUGAAUUGUGUUUCGUAUUACUGAUGUAUGGGUGAAUUCCUCAUUGUUGCUCUUCUAGAAAUCAUGUUUACACUACAUCCAUAUCUAUGUAUUUUAAAGUUGGUACUGAAAGUUUAAAAUGCACAUCAAUAGAGAUGAUUAGAGCUCUUUCGACUCUUAUGUUUUUACUCAAUGUUCUUUUUUUUUCUACUUUACAUGUUUAUAUUGUGUCUUUAGACAUCUUUGCUGUAUGUAAGGCAGUCUUCGUUUCAUGGUUGAGAAGUGUAAUUUUAUUUGCAAAAUGAUUAAAUUUCGACUAAACACAUCUCUUUUGUUUAUGAUUCCUGCAGGCAGCUUAUAUGUGGUAGGUUAGCAGUGAGCCUACUAUUUUUGCUGUGUACAAUGGAAUUCAGCGAUGUUUUGAUUUGCAGUUUUAUUUGCAGGCGUAAAUUUCUUUUUAAAAUGAUUUCAGUUGAUUUGAUUUAUUUAUUAAAGCAGUGUACAUUUUGUAGCACAGCUUAGCACAAAUCUAGAAUAUUACCGACAGGAAUAAAACUCCAUAGAGAUUGUUCUGUAUGCACAUGUAUAUUUUGGUUUACAGUACCCUUGUAAGUUUCAUAAUGCUCGCACAGGUCAGGUUUUAUCGUGAGUGGAGCAUUCAGAUUUCGGAAAGACUUCAUAUUUGUGUUAAUCUUUGACUUUAAUAAACUGAAUGUUUUAAUCAUCUACCUAUGUAUGUAUAUACUUAUACACCUCUGUUAGAAGGUGUUCUAUUUUCGUAGCAUUUCAAUGCUGAAGACUUCAAGGGCCACUUUCACAAAGAUGUCAUAGGAUAUUGAACAUGUAUGACAACGUUAGUUAUAUUAGUGACCUACAUAAUAUCGUAGGACAAAUGUAUGAUAAAUAAAAUGUUGUAUCCUGCUUUGUGAAAGUGGCCCCAGACAUUUUUAUUCAUAACAUGAUAAUCCAAUACUGCUGUUUUUCCCUUCAUAUAUGUACGCUUAUGCUCAAUUUCUGUGUUCAAACAUGUUGUUUCUCUUGGUUUACCAGCUUACUAUUUUAGAUCACCAAGUCGCUGUUGUUUCCAAAAAGCAGCAGUAGUAUUUUACAUUUUAUACCCCUUUUUUCAUCUACCUGCAGAUGUGAAUUUUUAGUGUGUAUUGCAUUUUUACUUUUUAUGUAUGUAGUAUGUAAGUGUACAUAUCUUCAUCCAAUUUUGCAAAGCCUCAUUUUUUUUGCCUAAACAAACGAAGCCUUUUUUGGAUCAUUUAUGCCACACCAAUUUAAUUUGUUGUUUUACAGGCAGAAUAAAUCUUUUCUUAAUGUCUGAGGAGGGUAAAAAAAUUAGAAACUAAAUUAAAUAAAAAGUUGAAUUUGUGCAGACUCCCUGAAAAUUUUUUUCUGUUCAAGACAUAUUUGACUGAUAGGAAAGCUUUGAAUACAGGAGAAACAUAAGUGUCAAAAUCGGUCUAACUAAAAGGUGGAUCCUCAGUUUUGUUUUUAUUCCAUUUUUGGAAUUUCUUUUAGUGUGGGCUGACAUAUAAAACAAAAUAAAAUUGGUUUCAACUAAUUUUAACAAAGGUCCUUAAACUAACAUUCUUACAUGUGCACGUGCAGUAAAAGUGGGUUGCUAUCUCCUUGUCUUCGUACGUGCACGUGGAUGCUUGCCACUAAACACACCUAUAUAUUACUAUUCACAUAAUGACAGGGUUUUGCUGUUUAAUUAGCACUACUCACGCUUUGUGUAAGUGUGUAUGAUUUUAUAAUUAAGAAGGGUUUUAAAUAUAAAUGGAUGAGGGAUCAGAUUAGUUUAGGUACAGAGCUUUCUGGGCACAAUACCAGAGUUUUGCUUGUGUUGUGAAUAGUGAGGCGCAUAUUGUAAUGAUACAUUAUACAUGUAUAUCUGAAAUGGAUUUUUUAUAUACAGUAUUGUUGGGGAGAGUGGAGUUCAAAGUUGAUUGAUAGUUUAAUGCAAAAUGCUAUUUUUUUUUAACCAGUUGACUGCGAAGGUACGUUUUGUAUCAAACUUUGUCAUGGGUUUAUAAGCAUGUCUUCUGUAUGAUUCCUUAUCUGCUGGAACUAAAUUACCCACUAUCCUCUCAAGACUUCUUACAUCGGUUCUGAUAGUGUCCCUGUUGCUAACUGCUGGCCAGUUUGCAAUUUAAACAUUUCUUCAGAUUAAUCAAAUCAAUUCUGAUGCAUUCCCAGACCAUCCAGUGUACUGCUCUAAUAUGUAUAUGUAUGUGUAUAUGUAGAGGCAUUUAUCUUUGUUGUGAUAAUACCAACUAUGUAUUUGCUAGUUAAUAUUUAAAACAUAUAUUCUAAACAUCGUCAGCUAUGGUAUUGAGAUGACAAAUACAUGUAGAUACGGUCCAUUAUAGUGUCAAAUUAAAGAAAAGUAAAAUUACUAAGUAAUGAUAAACUGAUCGUAGAUUGAAAAGAAUACCCGAAAAUAUUUUUUUAUUAUUUGUGUUGAAUUCAUUUUCCGUGAUGAAAAGGCACAAUUUUAUCAUGGUAAAAUGAGAAAUAUUUAUCCUGUUAAUGAUGGUUGUUAGAUCCAAUAAUAUUGUAACCUAUUUUUUGUAUCUUUCAUAUUUGUAAUAUGAUUUUAGGAUAAUGAUUUCAUAAAAGUUACAACAUGUGCGUUGAAGUUUUUGUUAUUAUGAAGGAAGUCCCCAUAGUUUCUUGGACCGUUUAAUGUCACACUCCUAUAAAAUCCACUGAUCUAAGUUGUUCUGUUUUAUUUGACCGCAGUGCAUGUAGUGUCUUCGUUUACGGAAUUAUUACUCAGUUAUUUUCUGUUGAGUUGAUCACUUAAUUAAAGAUGACAUACUUACUUUUAUUAAGUCUAGAUGACAUGUGACGGCAUUUGUGUAUCAUGAGCCAUUUGACUUAACCCAGGAGCGCAGUCAGUGCCGUCCAGCUGGUAGCGGGACUCUGGCGCCGUUUGGAUGUGCAUGUUCAUGUAUGAAGUGAUGUUCUGUUAACGCGUCCUCUGAAUGCCGAUGUAUAUACAUUUAUAUUUUAUUACAAAUUUCGUCUUAAGGUCUUUUAAUUAAAAAAUAUAUCACUUGU